AUGACGAAACGGUAUCUGGUGCCUGCGCUGGUGCUCUCGUUCGUGUCAAUGAUCCUGCUGGUGCUGGUGACGAUUUCGACACCGACCACCUUGUCUGACAGCACGCCAUUCGACUUUGUUCGCAGCACGAGGUUGGAUGGGGUGGUUGAUCUGUCGCCCAACUCGAACCGCGAUCGACCGAUCGGUGCGCUCAAGUUCGGCACGUGGGGCUACUGCUCUGCUCUGAACGGCACGUCUAACUUUGCGUGCUUCAAACACUCGCACGGCUACAGCGCUACGUUUGGUAUCAACUCGAACAACACAGCGACGGCAGCUAGGGAAUCGGUUACGAUCGGAUCGUCGUGGACUCGAGGGCUUGCGGUUCACGUUGUCGCGUUCGUAGCCGCCCUGAUUGCACUCGUGCUUACCGCGAUUCCCAAACAGGUGGUUCGACUCGCCGCUAUCGUCGUCAACGCGAUUGCUGCACUGUUGGCUUUGAUCGCUUUCUGCAUCGACAUUGCUCUCUUCGUCUACGUUCAACGCCAGAUGAAAAAAAUCACCGAUUCCCCAUCCACGCAUCCAGGUCCUGCUUUUUACAUGGCACUUAUCGCUAUCCCCAUCGCUGUAGCCGCUACCGUCUUCACCUGGCUCAACUGGAAAAGCGAAAGCCUAGACCGCGUCGUCACCGACGGCUACGACUACCCCGCUGCCCCCGAAUGGGAACGUCACCAGAUGCAACCCACCUCCUCCACCACCGAAGCCACUCAAAGUGCUAGUGCACAGAAAGUGCUCGAUGCAUACCAAGAGUCCCAGACUCGACCUUAA